UACCGAACAUCAGGUGAUUCCUAUCGAAAAUAUCUAAAUUUAACUAUCAAUCCACAAUCUUUCUAUUCUUCCCCAAAUACACAGUCUUUUACAAGUUUUUUUCUAUCUCAAUCAAUCACAUUUCUAAAUUUUCUCUCUGCAUUUGACCUAACAAUGGCUACAAUCAUCACCUGCUCAGCUCUCUCUUCGAUCAGAGCAUCUUCUGAACCCGGAUCCGUCAAUAAAUCGGAUCCGACCCGGAAGAAACCCGCUUCCUCGGUUUCGUGGUGGGGUCCUCUUUUCGGGUGGUCGUCGGAACCAGAUUACGUGAACAACAGCUCCUCCGCGAAUCGGGAAUCAGAUCUGGAGAAAACUGAGCAGAGGUCUAUGCGAAGGUGUCUAACGGAGGAGAAGGCUAAGCAGCUUCGGAGGAAAAUCGCCGAGGUUUCCACAUUCCACGAAGUCAUGUAUCAUUCUGCGAUCGCAUCACGACUCGCGUCUGACGUGUCCGUUCGGGUCAAGGAGUAACUGGAUCGGGUCAUGGAUCCUCCGUUCUAGAUUUAAUAACUAGAAAUGUGUCUGUUUUUUUGUUUUUUUUUUUCCGUUGGGUUGAAGAACAACCUCUUUCGAUCGAUGAUACUCAACAACCGUUUGAUUGUGCGUCGUCGUUUGUGUUUCCACGGUGUGGAUCGUGCGUGAUGUUGUUGUUUCGUAAGAACUGUUGGAUCGUAAAUUAGUUUACCUUCUUUAUUAUUUUUUAACCAAAAGAUAUAUAAGUAUAUAACGGUGACUGUUGGAUCGCUA